AUGGCCGCCGUAAAUGCAGCCCCGCACAAUUUCACGUCAGGUUUUGGAGCUGGGAAAGCCGCCGGAUUGGCUUUAACGCCUCCUUACGAAGUUGGCUCUCUGCUCCGCCAAAGCUCCAGUGCUUUGCAGACAGCCGACACAAGACAUUUUGAGCAGAAGUUUGAUUCAGCAUCGGGAAGGACACUAACUUUUGCAAAAACAACGCUAAGGGUGGAGAAACACUGGCGAGGCCUGAGGGCCGCUGGGGAGGCGGAGCCGAGCGAAGGGUCAGGCCUGGCGGGCUCAGACGCGCCCGCGUGGCUUCGGGGCGACCCGGAAUUCGGUCCGGGGUAUCCCUGGUCGGCGUGGGCGGAGAGCGGCCGCAGGGCCGGGAAGGCCGCGCCCCGCUGCGGGCGGCGCAUGACGCACUUCCGCCCUGGGUCUUGCAGCUUAAAGGGGACCCGGACCUUCUUCAUAACAACAACAAAACUGCGCGCCCGCGGCCGGCGCCUGGGCUCUAGUCCCCGCCCUCCUGCCACCUGCCGCCGCUUCGGUCGCGCCCGGCGGUGCGCCGCCCUGCCUUGCACUGCUCAGACCGAGCGGUCAGGCUGCGAGCGGACCGCGCCCUUCGGCCAACUUCUCCCGCUGCCACCGCGCCGCCUCGCGAGACCCGGGGCCGGGCCGUGGCCGCCGCCAAGCAGCAGGAAGAGAGCCUCAGCGGAGGACGCUUGGCCGGACAGUGAGGCCAGUGGCCCUGCCCGGGCGCAGAGGGCGGCGGUGGCGGGCUCUGCGGCCAUCUCACAGGUAGCCCUGCUUGUCGCACCUGACCACCCUAAGCGGCCCGUCCCCCUUCUCCAGCCCGCGUUGCGGGACCGUCGGUCCGGAGCCCUGCGAAGCCUAGACCUGGCGGGGAGAACUGCACCCUGGGCCGGGCCCCAGACCCCGCCGCCGCUGCCGCCACUGUCCAUCAUCCUCGGUGCCGGCAAUGGCCUUUGUAUCGCCCGAUGCACUUGUGACUGACUUGGACACGGGAUAUUAACAACCCACUCGCUUCCGUACCCAUCCCAGCCACGCCGGCAGUAACCACCUCGGCUCGUUUAGGCUUAACUGCUGCUCCUUGUGACUCUGUUCGACUUUGGGGGCACCAUGGACCAAAAUGGGAUGGAGAUUCCUGUGACCCUCAUCAUUAAAGCACCGAAUCAGAAAUACAGUGACCAGACUAUUAGCUGCUUCUUGAACUGGACCGUGGGGAAACUAAAAACGCAUCUGUCUAACGUGUACCCUAGCAAACCAGUAAGUGUCUAAAAGCUGGGCGCAGCUGCUCUGGCCGGCAGCUUUUCGUGCCAAGUAUUCCCUUAAACGCCCGCUCAUCCCCUCUCCCCGAACUCCCCUUGAAUCAAAUAGGUCUCUUUUUGACUGCAGAGUAUUUUGCAUUCCGAGGUGAUGUCUCUCUUGAGUGUGUGAAACAUCAUUAAUAUCUUCCUGAUGAGGUUCAGUUAAUUAGUAAGAGUAUAGGGAAAUAUCAAGGGACAUGAGAAUUGGCAGGCAUACAAUAGGACCAUUUUCCUUGGACUUAAAAUGGGGAUGACAGAUGCCUCUUUAUCUUUUUUUAAAAAAGAUGAAGUAGUACUACAACCCAUCUUAAAGCUCUUAUCGCUUAUUAGACUAAAAUUCCUUUUUACUUGCAAUGCCUGGCCCAGAAAUUUGCCGACUGUUGAAGAGCGAAUUUUUUCUUGGAAAUAAGUAUGUGACCACUAUAAAAGUUAUACGUUCCACUCUAGUAUAUAUGUUUUAAGAAGCAAAGAGUUAUAUGUUUUAGAUUCAUUUUCCUUCUGCCCCCUUUCUCAUUUUUCUCCUGUAGAGGACACAAAUUUUUUUUUUAACUUAGAAGAAAACAGUCCUUCUACCCCCAUCAUUUGGUUCAUCUUUUAUUCUUUUCAUACAGCCAUUUGUAAAUCAUCGUGGCAGUGUUUUCCUUUCUGAAUCAUAUCAGGACAUUGCAAAGAUAAUAAAAUAGUACAGCUGCGUCUGUGCCCAAAGUUAGAUUUGAAAGUUAUCAACAUAGUUGGUAAUUAUGAAGUCUUGGGGAGUUCUCAUUGUGGUUCAGUGCAUUAAGAACCCUACGACUAGUAUCUAUGAGGAUGUGGGUUGGAUCCCUGGCCUUGCUCAGUGGGUUAAAGUAUCCAGCAUUGCCUCAAGCUUCGGUGUAGGUUGCAGAUGAGGCUUAGAUCUGGCGUGGCUGUGGCUGGCAGCUGCAGCUCCAGCUCCAAUUCUCCAAUUCAGCCCCUAGCCUGGGAACUUCCAUAUGCUGCAGGUUCAGCCGUUUAAAAAAAAAAAAUUUUUUAGACAAGUAUAAUGUUAUGGAGAGUGUAUGAAAGUGAGGCUUUCAUGUUCUCCGUUGUAUGAAAAUUUCAUUCCUGAAUAGGUAGUUUUCAGUGAUUACUAAACCUUUUUUUAAUUAAUGAAGAGCCUUGGAUUUUUAGGGUGGGAAUUAUUUUUAGCAUCAGGCAGAUUUAAGCCAGCAGAAGGGAUGUGUUGGAAGGCAACUGUGCUUUCUUGGUUUUACUUAAUACUUAUUUUGUGCAUAUAAGUAAGGAAGGCACUUGAUCUAUAUUAAGAUAUUGAUGAAUUAGAACUGUUUCAGUGUUAUACAGUAUUAAGUUUAGUAAGGCAUGUAGACUUCUAGAAUAACUAUAGAAAUAGGGUGAUGAUUGCAAAAACAGGAGGUUUGGAAAAACAACUUAGUUGGCACUAGCUUUGUUUGUCAGAACUUUGUGAUGCAAAUGUUCUGAGUAGGAGAAAUAAAAACCCUGAAGUAUUUAAGUACUUGAA